CCCCGAUUGCAAGUCCACGACCACAACCAUCAAGCCAAAAAGCGAUGUCUUUAGACACGGAACGAAGUUGGCGUCACGCCUCCUCUCAUCACGGUAAUCUUCCAUAACUGAACUCGGCAUCGUUCCAGAACGGAGUGGUUGCCGGAAUAACGACAGAAUGAAAGUCGAUUACUCAAAAGCAGCCAAGAAAUGGCUCGAAAACAGUUCAAAGGUCCAAUUGGAUGGCCUCGCACUUCAAGGAAUGCGGAUUGAUCGUGUUGAGAUAGGUUUGAUACGUUGCGAUUUCGUCAUUCCAGAUCAUCUAUCGGAUGAAAAUGGAAACUGGCACGUCGGAGCGAUGUCGGUUUUGAUCGACGAUAUGGCGGCAGGUGCGGUGUUCUCGUAUUGUGGAUGCAAUCUGGCAACUGUUGAUUUCACUAUGUCCUUUUAUUCGUCGGCUAAGGUCAAUGAAGAAGUUGAGAUAGAGGCAAAUGUGGUUGGAGAAAAGGGCAAUCUAGUAUCAGUAGUGAUUGAUAUAAAAAAGAAAGGCAGUAAAGAGAAGGUGGUUGUCGGGAAACAAUGGAUGCGUGUGAUUCCUUUCAAAAGUUUACAGGCUGGAAAAAGCAAGCUCUAAGUAACCACUCAUACAUGUUAUGAUCUUUAUUCAUCUUUCCCAACUUUUUGUUUUCAUCCCCAUAUUUAAACUCUCUGUAUGUAAAGUCUAUACCACAUAGCAUCUAAAAUGAAGAAUAAGUUAAUCUUUGUAUGAUAGUUAAUAUUAUAUCCAUAUAUAACAACAGAUUAUAAAUCCUUGAGAGACCCAUGG